GAUGACGUCUAGCUAAAAGCAAUCGACGCUGCUGAUGCAAAGUUCCAACAACACUCACCGAUUCACAGCCAAACCAGGACUUCUCUGUCAGUGCAUCUUUCGAUCUGUGACUUUCAACUUGGAAUAUCGCUUCAACCCCUGAUUUUGUCACCUCAUCAUGCCUGGACCAGCGAGUAGCGCCACCAAUGUGGGCAGUGGGAGUCGGUCACCUAAGGCCGCAUCACCACGGGCUGGAAGCGGAGGUACGCUCAAACAGAGGAAGCCCGCCUCUUCAGCCCGCACAACCACCACCACUCGUGCUGGCGGCACCAGUUCCGGAGGAAUGUGGCGGUUCUACACGGACGAUUCGCCCGGAGUCAAAGUUGGACCCGUACCCGUGCUCGUUAUGUCUUUAUUGUUCAUCGCGUGCGUGUUUAUGCUUCACAUUUGGGGCAAAUACAAUCGUGCUUAGAGAAGAAGCGCCAGGUCGAGUUCUCAUUCCAGUGACUUGGAGCCGCAUUCAAGUGGAUUGAACACUCUUCACGCCCACACUUCAAUAAACUCAUCCCAAAGCAUUUUGAAUCAAUCCGCCUCUUUUCGGUUGGAAGAGAGUUCGAUUGGGUCCUUAUUUGCACCCGCUGCUCGACAAGUGAUCAGCAUCAACAUCUUUGUUAUAAUUUUAUGGAACUCACCCAGUUCAUUACGAUAAAUAUACCCUUAAGCCAUA